GUGUUGCGACUCGUCUCGUGAACGAGAUGUGUGCUAGGUGGCGCAACCUGUUUACGUUUUUAGAGCAAAGUGUGAAAUGGUGUGAAGUGGAAGAGCUGAUGUGAAGUGCAGAAAACAUUACUAUUGCUUCGCUAGUGACUUGAAUAUUCCAUGCAUACCUAAUAUAUUCAGUGAAAUGUUUUGAUGUGUGUAGCUGCCAUAUAUCACUUCCCUUGCUGCAGUUCUCGAUUCGAGAAACCAAUCGCAUGGUGCGGUAAAAAUGCACUUCUACAAGGAGAAAAUUCUCUCGGAUGGGCAAUUAAAACGUUUGAGCGAACAUAAGUACAAUUCUGAAAGUCAAAGUUUGUUGGAUGCCUGGCUCCAACCAUGGUGGAACUGGCUUGUACGACAAGUACCUAUUUGGCUUGCCCCGAAUCUUAUAACCCUUUCAGGGCUCAUCAUCAACAUAGUGACAACUUUGAUUCUCAUCUACUACAGUCCGGAUGCAAAGUCUGAUGCACCCAGGUGGGCUUUUUUUCUAUGUGGUGUAGGAUUAUUUGCCUAUCAAAGUUUAGAUGCUAUUGAUGGAAAACAGGCAAGACGUACGGGCACAUCAAGUCCCCUAGGUGAACUUUUUGACCAUGGUUGUGAUUCAAUUUCAACAGUAUUUGUUGCAAUAUCAGCCUGCAUAGCUGUUCAAUUAGGCUACUACCCAACUUGGAUGUUCUUCCAAUGUUUUUGUGCUAUGACCCUCUUUUAUUGUGCUCACUGGCAGACUUAUGUAUCAGGUACCUUGAGGUUUGGAAAGUUAGAUGUGACAGAAGCCCAGAUCACAAUCAUGUUUAUCCACCUCAUUUCAACAAUUUUCGGGCCAAGCAUCUGGAUGGCAAAGAUUCCCCCUCUAGAAUAUUUUGAAUUACGCUAUGUGAUAGGUAUGUUUACGAUAUUGGGGGCUACAUUGAAUUUGUACAACAUGUUCCUAGUCAUCAUAUCUGGAGGAGGAGGGAAAAAUGGAUCAACUGUAGCUGUCCCAGUGGCCAACGUAAGCUUCAACGUCAUAGCAAGCAUCGGAACUUUCACGGGAUAUUUGAGAAAUUUUUUCCAGUUUUGCCAAGUCUUUGAAACGGGGGGAGUUGGUAAAAAUGGCUCAUCAGUUGCAAUCCCAGGGCUGGACAUUGAGGUGAAGCAGAUACCGAUGAUUAUCGCCGUAAUGUUGGCUGCGUUACUUGCUCAUUCCAAUUUGGCUGUAAUUGUCUCUGGCGGGGUCGGGAAAAAUGGUUCAACUGUUGCUGGAACCAGCGUUCUGUCACCUAUAAUUCCAUUUGGACUUGUGGUUGUACCAGCUUAUAUCAUUUAUCGCAAAAGUGUGCAAGCUGUGUACGAAAACAACCCAGUCUUGUACAUUUUGGCUUUUGGAAUGGUAGCUGCAAAAGUAACCAAUAGGCUUGUGGUGGCUCAUAUGACCAAAAACGAAAUGGAAUACUUCGAUUCAGCCUUAAUUGGUCCUUUAAUGCUGUUUCUCAACCAAUACUUCAAUUUUUAUAUCCCCGAGUAUAUAGUUUUAUGGAUGUGUUUGGUGUGGGUGAUGUUUGAUCUCAUGCGCUAUUGUUCAGCUGUUUGCUUGGAGAUUUGCAAUUAUUUAAGAAUCCAGCUCUUUAGGAUACCCAGUGGUGGAGGUCCUGCUGUUCACAGUGGGCCAACUUCAGUUACAGACAAGAAUGGUGCCGCAUCGGCUCAAGGAGUGCUGAACGCGUUUGCGGGCCUAGCUCGACAGCAUGACGGCCGCCCCGCCGCCGGACCUGUGCAGACUCAGAUGGGGCGACUCCAGCCCCGACAGGGGCGAGGGUCCAGCGAGAGCCUGGUGGACCUUCGAACAGAGCGCUGAUCUGCCUGAAGCGCAUCAUUCGAGGCGAAGACGAAACUAGUCGGGAUAUGCAUACAUCUUGAUUGCAUUCCAGGGCCCUGGCCAGGGCAGGACAGGAGUCAGACAAACUAUUUUUCCGUUUUGUACCCGCGUGUAUUAUAUUUUUAUAUAACGCUGCAAUAACCGAUGACGCCCCUUACGUGGCGUCCCUUUUUGUAUUUUUUUCCCCCUGAAAAAGUAGAGUUAUUUUUUGUACUAUAGUUCUAAUGAUAGAUUAACUAAGUGAACAAUUGAUUGUACGGUUUACCGUGUGUUGCAAGUCAAUUUUUCUAAAUGAGUUUUGUUAUUGUGUGACUGUUGUGCGAGUGUGUUGGUGUGCGAGACUUUAGGUUAAUUGUAGUCUUAUCUGUGACCGUGGAACGGCCGCUCUCGUAUCUCGCUGCUGAUAUUAUUAGGUUUGUCGGAUUUAUUCUUGGUGGUACAAAAGUUAAGUGCGUGCCCCUUACAACAAACGUGGUAACAACUGUGAUUACAUUCAAACUAUUUUUUUUUGGGGGGGGGGUGCGUUUUGCUCCCUCCCCUCUUUCCCCUGUUUUCUGUCCUUUUGCAGAAACAUAACUCAUUGAGCAGGUAGCCAGGGUUGCUGUUGAUUAACUUUGUGACGCAUUGUGACUAAUUAAUGAGCGCGCCACAGUCAUAUGUACAUCAUUCCAUUAAAGACAUUGCACCUACAUGCUA